AAACUUUUGCUAUUUCUAUUUCUAUAUUUUUUAUGACUAUUGAUUGACCUAGGCCCAGGCGCAGCGGGUUGUUCAACUUGCUGGCAAAACCAGUUGCAGUUGGACGUAAUAAAUAUUAAAGGUAAAUUAAUGAGGAUAACCGCAAGCUACGCCAAACUCACUGAAGCUGAAAAAGUGAAGCUAUUUCGGGCUGCAUUUAUAAAUCCAUGGCCGUGCAUAGCUCUGUUUAGAUUUCUGGAAAAUGUGGCAGUUGGCAUUCGGACUGCUGAGUGUCGCAUCCGGCAUUGUUGUGGAGCGCAACAUGUUCGCCUACUAUAAACUGCCGUUACGCCUGCUCCACGCUAACGAGUCCACUUCCGGUCUGUACUAUGUGCUGCAGUGCCCGCCCAAGCUGGACGAGGGCAUACCCAAACCCAGAGACAUGCCCACCUGCAGUGUGGUGGAUCAGUACAGGCACAAGACCAGACCCAAAUCCAGGAAGUUGCAGCCUGCUCGCACCAAGCUCCAGCCGCUGCCCCCAACAACAGUUAAACGAUCGCGCUGGGGUUGGCGGCAACGUCGCAGCAAGCGACAUAACCAGGACCAGGAUGAGACAACAGCCCUGCAGCAUCUCGGCAAGCCGCAUCGACGGCAAACGCUGCUCAAGCUGUCCGCCGAUUAUCGGAAUUUCAGGCGCGGCAACAGCUCCAAGGGCUACCAGCACAUGUAUCACCGGGAUGAGAGCUACAACGAUCACAUCUUCUACGAUGAGCUUCAAUUGGAUGGCAAAUUCCACAAGCAGGGCCAAGGGAAGAUUGCGAACUGAAGGAAAGGACGUCUAGUGCACAACCUGAACAUAACAAAUUCUUAAGGUACUCAAAUGGAUUUGAAUACAAUUCUUCCUCAUAUAUUAGAAGGAAAAUUUUGUUGGAAUUUUCCAAAUAUAAGUAUGUAAGUCCGAAACCUCAGUUAUGCCCGUUUGAAUAUUUUCUUAAUAUUUUUGAUUUAAUGAAA